UCCUCUCCGGAGCAUCUUCCUUCUGCGCAUGUGCCCUGCAUCCCUGGCGGCAGUGGAGGGAUGCGCUGAGCCUUUCUCCAGAGAGACAAGGCCGGGCUGCCCCUCUCUUUCUCUCGCUUGCUACCCGGCUAUGAUGGACUGAGCCCCACACCCGGCCCAGGAGAAGAGCCGCAGGGCCACCAGCAGGACCCAGUGGAGAGGAGAGCCCACUUUGGGCCCUGGCAUCGUUGGCUCAAAGCAUGGAGCUGAAACGGUCCAUUUCGGGCGGAAAAGAGGCAGAGAGGCCGCCCAGGCGUUACGGGGCCGUGGAAGAAACGGAAUGGAAAGCCGAGGGAUGGAGGAAAAAUCAACGGGACAUCGUUUCCAUGGCCGAGACAACCAUGAUGCCGGAGGAGAUUGAACUGGAGAUGGCCAAGAUCCAGAGGCUUCGAGAAGUCUUGGUCAGAAGGGAAUCAGAACUGAGGUUUAUGAUGGAUGAUAUCCAGCUGUGCAAAGACAUCAUGACCCUUAAGAAAGAGUUGCAGAGUUUAGUCGCAACCCCAGAAAAAGACAAGACGAGGCUCCAGAGGCAAAGAGAGGACGAACUGAUCCACAAGAUCCACAAACUGGUGCAGAAGAGAGACUUCCUCGUUGACGAUGCCGAAGUGGAACGAUUAAGGGAGAAGGAGGAAGACAAGGAGAUGGCAGAGUUCCUUCGGAUCAAGUUGAAACCCCUCGACAACAUCGUAACGGCUCCGACAGGUACGCCCGCAGAGAAGAAGGCCGAGCCCCCGCCGCUUCCUCCCAACAAGCCCACCAUUGCCAAAACGGGCAUUGCCAUCAUCCGGGAUUGCUGCGGGACCGGCCAAUGCACCAUCAUGUAGCUCCGACCAUCCCCUCAGGCAUGCCUUCGUUUCAACCUGGAUGGGGAACAAAAACUGUAGAAGGAGGGGGGGAAAAGGAAGUAACGCAUCCCGAAACCUUGGUAGUUAAGUUUCCUGUCCUGUUCUGACAGUAACCGUUGUAGUGCCGAACGUCCCCCUUGGUGAGUCCUUCCCCGUUGCAUGGAUCACUCAGCGAGCAUGCCUAGGUUAAGACGAGGAAUAUAUCUCAAUGUAACCAUAUCCAGAGAACAGGCAGGACUCAUAGGAACAAUUAUACGUAUCUCAGAGGUCGCUCACCGGUAACAGAUAGGUGUCCGUUUUUAUUAUUCUGUAAAAUAAAAUAUGCUUGUGGAGAGGAGAAACAGAAAGAGAAUCCCAUGUAAUAUACUGUAGACAGAGCGCCGAGAACCCAAACACCGGUGGAGUUGGACCAAACUUGGCACAGACACGAUAUGCCAAAAUUCGAUUACUGGAAGGUCUUUUUUUGGGUGGGAUUGGGGGUCCUGUAGUUGUGGUUCAAUUUGGAACUCACUUGGCACACAGAGUCCGCAUGAUCCCCUUUGAUCAAGAGAUUGAUAGGAGUUGUAGUCCACCAUGUGGUCCACAGUGCUCUCGGGAUAUAGGUGAACUACAACUCCCUCAAAUCUGUCAAUGAUGUGAGGGUUAAAUUGAGACACAAACAGCUUUCUAUCUCAUAUCUCCCCUCUGUUCGGCAUUCUCGCAUCUGCUUAGACGCACGAACAAACAUGCACUCGUAGCUGUCUGCUGAUCCCAGCGGCAAUUAACUUUAUUUACAGCUAUAUACAGAGCACGCAGUCGGAGAAGCUCACUGUCAUGUCCAACAGGAUUGAUGGUGACUGGAGAAGAAAACCAAAUUUUGCCUCCCACAUUCCAUUCCCAAUGACAUCUGUCCGGCUACGUAAGCGGAACAUACGUACUAUAUAAACCAUUACUCUGACAAAAUCAAGGUCCCGCUGGGGGAGAACAGUGGUAUAUAAACAAAAUAAAUAAAAAUAAAUUUCCAACGAAGAUCUCCCGUAUUUUGUGCUGGUUGUAGGGGCUCUGUGUGCCAAGUUUGGUCCAGAUCCAUCUUUGGUGGGAUUCAGAGUGCUCAUGGAUUGCAGGUGAACUAUACAUCCCAGUAUCUACAACUCCAAAACGUCCAGGCCAAUUCACCAAAUAUCCCACCAGUAUCCAAAUCUGGUCCUAUCGGGUCUGCAUGCCAAGUUUGGUCCAGAUCCAUCUUUGGUGGGAUUCAGAGUGCUCAUGGAUUGUAGGUAAACUACACAUCCCAGUACCUACAACUCCAAAAUGUCCAGGCCAAUCCCCCUCAAAUCCCACCAGUAUCCAAAUCUGGUCCUAUCGGGUCUGCAUGCCAAGUUUGGUCCAGAUCCAUCUUUGGUGGGAUUCAGAGUGCUCAUGGAUUGUAGGUAAACUACACAUCCCAGUACCUACAACUCCAAAAUGUCCAGGCCAAUCCCCCUCAAAUCCCACCAGUAUCCAAAUCUGGUCCUAUCGGGUCUGCAUGCCAAGUUUGGUCCAGAUCCAUCUUUGGUGGGAUUCAGAGUGCUCAUGGAUUGUAGGUAAACUACACAUCCCAGUACCUACAACUCCAAAAUGUCCAGGCCAAUCCCCCUCAAAUCCCACCAGUAUCCAAAUCUGGUCCUAUCGGGUCUGCAUGCCAAGUUUGCUCCAGAUCCAUCAUUGUUUGGGUUCGUAAUGCGCUCUGGAUGUAGUUGAAUAACAAUUUAAUCGUUUAUGUCUAGGGGAUGCACCCCACUCCCAGCCUUCGGUCUGUGGGCAGAAAAACGUGGCAUGGCAGCUACUUUUUGCAAUUAACAGAUGCAUUAAUAAAUAUUGUAAAUUAGAACCAUGGGACUAAUAGUUUAUUGGAAGCUGCCGAUCAAUCAUGUGUCUGACUAUUGUGAUUUUUGGUGAUUUGCUGUGAUCUGCAGGAUAUCUCUGGAAAAGGGGACGCAAAAACAAGAUCCACUCAAUUUGAGUUGCUUAAAAUAAUGUAAGUGGGGUCUUUUUGUGCUCAGUUGAUUGUUUUCUGUUAAAACCCUCAUGGCCCUUAUUUCCAUAGAGGUUUCUCUACUCACUGAAAAUUGUGACUCUUGAAUGCACAGACCUUGGAAUUGGAAGUAUUGCUUGGACGGGUUACUUUGCAAUUUCAACAAAAUCUCCAAUCAUCAGCAUGACUCCUUUUCCAGGCUCUGCAUCGAUGGAAAACAAUGGGCAGACUAUUGAUCUUUUUUGUGGUUUUUCAAAAGAUACACAAGAUUAAAGUAGUCCACUGUUUCUUUCCAAAUAUUUACUGUUCAGCCAAUGUCACUGUUGAUCAUUCUACACUGCAAUAAAAAGACACAACCUUUUCAAAA